AUGCCACUCCUCACACUCGGCUUCUUCUGCCUGCAGCUUGACCGGGGAAACAUCGCAAACGCCAUCACAGACUCGUUCAUGGAGGACGUGGGAAUAUCGCAGUUCCAAUUCAACGUCGGCCAGCAGUUGCUGUCGUUGGGAAUUGUGCUCUUCGAGAUCCCUUCCAACAUGAUCCUCUACAAGGUCGGCCCGGGCAAGUGGCUGACCCUCCAGCUCUUCCUGUUCGGCUCCGUCAGCACGUUUCAAGCGUUCCAGAAGAACUACGCGAGCUUCCUCGCGACGCGAUUCCUCCUCGGCGUCACGGAAUCCGGAUACAUUCCGGGAGGGCUCUGGACGCUCUCGACGUGGUACACCCGCAAGGAGACGGCAAAGCGGGUCAUGGUGUUCUUCUUCGGCAACCAACUGGGCCAGGCGUCGGCCAAGCUGAUAGCCUACGGCAUUCUGCACAUGAAGGGCGUCGCGGGCUACCCAGGAUGGUUCUGGUUGUUCGUCAUCAUAGGGGCUUUUACCAUGGCCAGCGGCGUGAUCCUGGGCUUCUGUCUCCCGGACGCAUUCCACAACCCUCACAGCUGGUUCUUCCCGCGGCGUAACGUCUUUACCGCGAGAGAGCUCCAUAUCCUGCAGACGCGUGUGAUGCUCGACGACCCCAACAAGGAGAGAAAGAGGCAACACAUCGGCCUCGCUUCGUUCAAGAAGGCGUUCUCUAAUUGGCGGAUCUGGGUACACAUUUUCAUCACGCUCGGAAACAACGGGCCCUUCCGGGGAUUCGACACGUACGGCCCGACCAUCAUCAGGAGCUUCGGGUUCCCCUCGCUGACGAGCAACGCGCUCGCCGCCGUGGGCUUGUUUCUCCAAGUCCCCAUGUCGUUUGCCUUCAGCUGGGUGUCGGAUCGCUUUAAUAAACGGGGAGAGACCACCAUCGUCGCGAUUGGCAUGCAUAUGUUCGGCUACAUUCUCAACCGAAUCUUCACCAAGAUCAACAACCGCGGCAUCCGAUACUUCGGCGUCGUCUGGACGCAGAUUUUCGCUUCUUUUCCCCAUCCCCUCAACAUCACGUGGAUGUCCCUGACUUGCAACGAUUCCGAGGAGAGGUCCUUGGCCAUGGCAAUACCGGCCAGGAUCAUCAUGAGCGCGAACAUCGCGGCCAUCUAUGGCGCGCAGCUCUUCCAGGAAGACGACAAGCCUCGCUACCGCAGAGCAUUUGAUUCCAACAUUCGUAUCCUGGCCUUUGCCCUGGUGCUGGCCGCCGUCAGGUAUGGCCAUGAGCUCUUCCAGGCCAGGAGAAAAAGAAGAAGAAGAAGAAUGUCCGUGGCUUGA